GAUGAACUUAAACCGAUAAAGCCAUAAAAUCCUUUAAGCCAAACCCUAAUUUUCCUCUUCUAGACCUUCCCUUAUUUCUAUUAAUUUCCUAUAGAUUCAACAUUUCUUCCUCCAUCUCACUCCUGAUUUGGAUACCUUAGUCUCAAAUCUAGCAACCCUUUUGACAAAUAUUUCUUCUAACAAUUCCUACAUCUUCAACUUCUAGUCUAUCCUCACUACAUAAUUGUUCGAUUUUUGCAUUUUUUACAAGCUGAAAACGGUGGAUCGAAGGCAUGGAAAGCGCCCACUUCCAUCGGAAGCAUCAGAGGAUAAAGAGAAACAUCAAGAGCAUCAUGACUUUCCUCCUUAUGAAUCUUCUUGGUCAGAGACUGAUAUGUCAGCCAUGGUUUCUGCUCUAACUCAAGUGAUUGGCACCACCGGUCACCAGCCAAACGUGGUGCAGUCGAACCCUUCAUCAGUUUCUUCAGCUGACCCACCUCAACCAACUCAAGAUCAAGGAACAACAAGGAGAAGACAUUACAGAGGGGUUAGACAAAGACCGUGGGGCAAAUGGGCAGCUGAAAUUCGAGAUCCCAAGAAGGCAGCUCGAGUGUGGCUUGGCACAUUCGAGACUGCUGAGGAUGCAGCCAUUGCAUAUGAUAAAGCUGCCCUAAAAUUCAAAGGCACCAAGGCUAAACUUAAUUUCCCUGAAAGAGUUCAAGAAAUGCCUGAGUUUCUCUCUUUAAUGGGUGGAGAUUCUUCUUCAAACACUAGGUCCUUUAAUGACCAAAAUGUAAGGCCACCAAUGGUUAAUAAUCCUCCUCCUCCUCCAAUUCACCACGAAGCUUAUCCCGACUUGCUUCAAUAUGCUCAAAUUCUUUCAAGUGAUGAUGCUAGUUUUAAUUAUUACACUUCAAGUCUCUUUAAUCAAGGAGUUUUUUCUCCACAUUCUUCUUCAACCUUAUCUUCAUCCACCAUCUCAUCACAUGAUCACCAGCAGCAAAACCAACAGGAGCUUAUGAGAUUUUCGUCAAACUUGGAAGAUAUCCAUCAUCACAGGAAGGAUUUUGAUGACUCGAAUGGGUAGUAGUACCAUGUUUAAUUUUCCUUACGUCUAUUUAAUAAAAUCUUCAUCAGAUAUACAUAAUUUUUUUUACCUUUGUGGGUAGUUUUUAAAACGAAUGUAUAUGUGAUAAGAUAUAUAUAUAUAUAUGUGUGUGUGUAUAUAUGUAUAUAUAUUCAAGUUUCAAGAAAGAGUUGCAGCAGAAUCGACCACAAGAACAUGAGCAAGCGAUUUCCAAGUAUUUUUGAAACAAUUUUGGAAAGCUUGUUUAGCUAGUUCUGGUUUUUUGAUGCAUGCCUAUGUGAAAUAUAUAUUUGUAGUAAUAAUUGGCCUAAGGAGCAUCUUCUAGUUUGUGUAAAGAGAGGUGAAAACUCUAAAUGAGUAAGAGAUUUCAGUUUCUCUUUUAAUUUGUAUUUUCUUCUGCAAAAUCUAUUGUUCUUGUCAUCUUAUGAUUUAAUUAUGAUAUAUAAAUGUGUGUGUGUGUGUAAGAACUUAUCCUUAAAGAAGUGAAAUAGUGAAGUAAUAUA